UCGAAGGAGGAAUGAAGGAGUGGUCUGAGGAUGAAGACAACUCCCUCUCAGGAGAACUAAAAGCUGUGACAGAUCAAGCUAAAACUCAGUUGUAUCGAACCAUCACAAAAUGCAUCUCCUUGCUCUGGUCUUUGGGAUUGUGCUUCUCCCUGCAGCCUACCCCCUGAAAUGUUAUGAGUGUUUACCGGGAAGCUCAGGAACCUGCACGGACACAGAAAAAGAAUGCCCUUCAUCAUCUUAUCAGUGUGGUGCACUGAGAAUCGCUUCAUAUGCAGGUGGUUCAGAGCUUGCUAAUGUCCACAUGAAAACUUGUGUUAUGGCUGACCAGUGUGUUGAGGGCUCAGUCAACUUGGGAAUUUCCAGAACCGUACUCACCAACAAGUGCUGCGCCUCCGAGCUCUGCAACGCCCAACAUGCCCCUGCGCCCAGCAAAUCCAAUCCCAAUGGUAAGAAGUGCUACUUCUGCAACGGACAAGAGUGCACCGCAACUCUGAACUGUCAGGGGAGUGAGGACCACUGCAUCUCAACAACAGUGUCUUCAGGAGGUGCACAGACUGUCUUGAAAGGCUGUGCCUCCAAGCUGUUGUGCUCAGCCACACAAAAUGCACAGCUUCAAGCACUCAUUGGACAAGAAAUUAGCUGCUGUCAGGGUGACUACUGCAACAGUGCCAGCAGCACAAGUGCUGGCCUCCUGCUCCUGGUGGCACCGCUGGUCUCUUUGUUCACGCUCUCUUAAGUGGUGACGAUGGCAGCAUCACUGCUCAGUUUUCUUUAUACCUUCGCUUUGAAAAUAUAUUGUAGUUAUACUAUGAUUUCCCUUUGUCUACUGACUCAAACAGUUUCUAACCUGUUUUUUUUUUUUUUGCAUGUUUCCUCUCAAGAUAAUAGAAACUGUUUUGCGCGGAUCAAUAACUGCUGUCUCAUGUUGAUGCACAACUUUUGUUCUGAGUGCUAUUGCGAAGCUGAAACCUGUUUUUACUUGGAGUUAUUAGGACUAUUGUAAUGUCACUGAUUAAAAGCGAAAUAAAAACAUUUUUUGAAAUUCUG